AGGCGUCAUACUUGGUGGGGGGAGGGGGGGGUGCAUCCGUUAAAUUUGCCCUUUCCCCGUCGAUGUGGGUGACCACGUUCUGCUGUGACUCGUUUAACUCUGACUUGUGUCAAACUGCAGGACGCGUCCCCGGUGAGUCACCCAGACGCGCUUCAGCACCAUGGACAGCGCCAGCCGCCAGCCUCUGUCGCUGCAGAUGACAAGCAUCCUCCCCGCAUGACGUGACCCCCCCUACCUGUCUUAACCUGAGCCUCUUCAAUAGUUGACAAAGCUGCUGGGGGGUGAUUGAGGAGGGAGGGGGAUAAUUGUCUACGAUCGUUUACAAGAAAUGAGAGCAUGGAGUAAACCGCAGUGGGCGGGGCUAAAGCAAGAUGCCGCAUUUUUCUGAAUGAACCUACACCACACACCCCACCCUACCGUCUUUACCCCCUCACUUCGGUGAAACGCUGAGCUCUGAUUGGUCCAGCCUCCCAUUCACUGACGUCAGACAGGCUAUCUUGUGGACGAGUCCCGCGCAGGAGCAUCCAUUCUGGCUCCAGCGAGCACCGCGCGCUGAUUCAAGAGGAGAUGCGCACAAACCUGAGAGGGAGUCUGGAGACACUUUGAUGCGGGAUAGAAGCUGCAUUCACGCAACGCGGGAAAAGCAUCACCGUAUUUCUAGUGUUUGGCCCGGAUCUGAUGAGAGAACACAUCUGUUAAAUUCUAGAGGACGGACUCGCUACGAAAAGGCGGUGCUGGUGUAACCGUAGAACAGUCAUGAUCCUGAACGCCUCAGACCUGGGCUGGGAUGAGUCCUCAGGCAUGGACCCUGUCUUCCCCCUGGAUCAGCUGGAGAGCUCCUCUUCCCCAAAGGUCCCGCCUCUCACCAUGUGGGGCGUGGCUCUCUGUGUUUCUGGAACUGUCAUCACCGCCGAGAACGCCAUCGUCAUCACCACCAUCUUGGCCACGCCGUCUCUCCGGGCUCCCGUGUUCCUGCUGCUGGCGAGCCUCGGGCUUGCUGACCUCCUGGCAGGUGUGGCGCUGAUCCUGCACUUCCUCUUCCAGUUCUGCGUGGAGCCCAGGGAUUGGUCGCAGCUGCUCACAUCAGGGCUGCUGGUGACGUCACUGACCGCCUCACUUUGUAGCCUCAUGGGAGUUGCCCUGGACAGAUACCUGUCCUUGAGUCACGCCCUCACCUACGGCUCGGGACAGUCACGCCGCAGAGCUGCCAUCUUGCUGCUGCUGGUCUGGUUGGGUGCGUGUGUGAUUGGAGCUGGACCAGCGAUGGGUUGGCACUGUCUGGAGGACCUGAACUCCUGUUCUGUAGCACCACCUCUGACUCGGACAUAUCUAUCACUGCUGUGCGGUGGCUUCCUAGUGGUAGUUGUGGUAACCCUGCAACUCUACGCCGGAAUCUGCCGUGUGGCCAGGAGACAUGCCCACGCCAUCGCCACCCAGAGGCACUUCCUGCCAACCAACCAGCCUUAUGCAAGCAGACACAGCACCGGAAGGGGCUUCUCCCGCUUGAUAUUGGUCUUAAGUGUGUUCGUCGGAUGCUGGAUGCCUUUCUCCCUUUGGGGGUUGCUAGGAGACGCAUCCAGCCCUCCCCUGUACACCUAUGCCACCUUGGUGCCAGCAGCAGGCAGCUCCCUGCUCAACCCCAUCCUCUACAGUCUGAGAAACAAAGACAUUCGCAAGGUGCUGUUGAACGCCUGCUGCCCACACAGAUACUCGCACAACACAAAUAGUCAGCCCCCAGUGGACGUGUAGACCCCACCACACAACCUAUGCCAGACAUAUCACUGUCUUUGUGCCAAAACACAUGAAAGCUGCGCCCACUGUCAUCCGCAUCCAGAGUCUGACUUCCUAAAACACACACAGGCAGCACUUUUCAGAGAUGAACCAGAAUGUGCUGAACCGUCAUGGCUGGCAGUCCACUUGGGACUCAAUGUACUGUCCUGUACUUUGUACGGUGUGUGUACUUUGUGCCUCAGUCAAGUAGCUCCACUGGAUCCUCGGAAUAAAACAAUCACAGGAACGCUUCCCGUGUGGACGUGAGAGGGUGUCAGCACUUUACAGCCGGAAGAGAUAAGUCCCAAACGGAGGCCUGACAGAUUGACAAACACGCCAGAUCCAAAGCCCAACUCUAUUUACUUGAAAUGUCAGAAAAACAACGUGUUCUUGAUGUUUGGAGGUCUAUUUUGCACAUGCUGAUAAUGGCACUGAAUGGCGGUGACCAUACGUUCUUGUUGCACAACCUUUUUAGAAAUGAUGAAUAUUUUAUACUGAUAAAUAAAUAAUAAAUCCGCUUUUUUCUACUGGA